CUGUUCUCUAAAGAUUGAGCUUUAAACGUGUUGUUUUAUUACAGAUCAUUUAAAUGUGCUUGUGUGGCUCUGUCAGAAAGUACACUCCUGAGUUUGUGAAAGUAUAUUUUAUUGUAAAAUGCCUGAAAGUCAUUGUGCCUGUUUAAAACACUAGCACGUGAAGGCAGCAUGAGACAUAAAAGUGCCUAUUUUGACAUGCUGCAAUAAAUUAUCUAUACGGUAUUUUGAGCUAUAACUUCACACAUGUACUCUGGGGACACCAGAGAUUUAUUUUACAUCUUAAAAAGUCUUCUAAAAUAUCCCCUUUAAGUGGAAGAGCUCUAUGUGUACAGGUUGAUGGUAAACUGUCCAAACUAUUGGUGAUUACCAAUGGUGUCCCCCAAAGAUCUGUCUUGGGGCCUCUUUUGUUUACUAUACACUCACAGGCCACUUUAUUAGGUACACCUGUUCAACUGCUUGUUAAUGCAAAUUUCUAAUCAGCCAAUGACAUUGCAGAGACUAAAUGCAUUUAGGCAUGUAGACAUGGUCAAGACGAUCUGUUGCAGUUCAAACCGAGCGUCAGAAUGGGGAAGAAAAGUGAUUUAAGUGACUUUAAACGUGGCAUGGUUGUUGGUGCCAGACGGGCUGGUCUGAGUAUUUCAGAAACUGCUGAUCUACUGGGAUUUUCACGCACAACCAUCUCUAAGGUUUACAGAGAAUAUAUAGAAAAUAUCCAGGAGCGGCAGUUCUAUAUGCCAGAGGUGGGCAGUUCUUGAUGCCAGAGGUCAGAGGAGAAUGGGCAGACUGGUUUGAGCUGAUAGAAAGGCAACAGUAACUCAAAUAACCAUUCAUUACAACUGAGGUAUGCAGAAGAGCAUUUCUGAAUGCACAACACAUCGAACCUCGAGGCGGAUGGGCUACAGCAGCAGAAGACCACACCGGGUGCCACUCCUGACAGCUAAAUACAGGAAACUGAGGCUACAAUCACACAGGCUCACCAAAAUUGAACAAUAGAAGAUUGGAAAACGUUGCCUGGUCUGAUAAGUCUCUAUUUCUGCUGCGACAUUCAGAUGGUAGGGUCUUAAUUUGGCAUCAACAACAUGAAAACCAUCCUGCUUUGUAUCAACGGUUCAGGCUGGUGGUGUGUACCCAUCCUCUGAUGGCUACUUCCAGCAGGAUAACGCGCCAUGUCAUAAAGCGCAAAUCAUCUCAGACUGGUUUUUUUAACAUGACAAUGAGUUCACUGUACUAAAAUGGCCCCCAAAGUCACCAGAUCUCAAUCCAAUAGAGCAUCUUUGGGAUGUGGUGAAAUGGGAGAUUCACAUCAUGGAUGUGCAGCCGACAAAUCUGCAGCAACUGCGUGAUGUUAUCAUGUCAAUAUGGACCAAAAUCUCUGAGGAAUAUUUCCAGUACCUUGUUAAAUCUAUGCCACGAAGGAUUAAGACAUAGGCAGUUGUGAAGGCAAAAGGGGGUCCAACCCGGUACUAGUAAGAUGUACCUAAUAAAGUGGCCGGAGAGUGUAUAUUUAAAACAAUGAGAAGAGUGAUUCAUGUUGUGAUGGGGAAAUAACGUCCUCAACAUCAGAAGAGAUGCUGCACAAACAGACAGCACAAACUUUUUCCUGCAUCACCUGUGGAAAGACGUUGAGCUCACAGGGACAUUUAGAGAGACAUGAGAGAAAACACACCGAACAGAAACACUUCACCUGCAAGAGAUGUGAGAUUAACUUUACUACCUUACAAGAGUAUAAACGUCAUCAUUCAAAAGUACACAGAGAGAAGAAGAAGCAGUAUCAUUGUGAACAGUGUGAUAAAGUUUAUUCCUCUCUUUCUAAACUGAAAGUUCACAUGAGGACACACAGUGAGGAAACACCAACAUUCAGCUUAGAGAAACAUGAGAGAAAACACACAGAUCAGAAACUCUUCACCUGCAGGAGAUGUGAGUUGACCUUUACUACUCUAAGAGAGCUGAGACUUCAUUCAAAAGUGCACAGAGUAAAGAAGCACUGUGAGCAGUGUGGUAAAGGUUAUCUCUCCUCUACUAGUCUGAAAGCUCACAUGAUGACACACAGCGGUGAAAGACCGUUCCAGUGCAGUAAAUGUGACAUGAGUUUCAGAACCAGGAAUUGUCUUGUUGGUCAUGAGAGAAUUCACACGGGAGAAAAACCGUACAAGUGUCCUCACUGUGAGAUGAGUUUCAGCCAAAAAGCCUAUCUGAAGAAACACGUGUUUUUACACACCAAUGAGAGACCGUAUCAGUGCAGUCAAUGUGACAAAGCUUUUAGGGAUUCAGGUUGUCUAAAGAUACACCAAAUAAUUCACUCUGAAGAGAAACUCCAUCAGUGUUCAUACUGUGAUAGACGUUUCCGCCGUAAAUCUAAUCUGAUAGACCAUGAGAGAAUUCACACCGGAGAGAAACCUUAUCUCUGUCCUCAAUGUGGAAAAAGAUUUUCUUAUUCAGGUACUUUUAAAGUUCAUCAGAGAGUUCACACUGGAGAGAAACCUUAUCCGUGCAGUGUUUGUGGGAAGAGUUUUACUAAACAUUGCGGUUUGGUGUCACACCGGAGAACUCAUACAGGAGAAAGACCUUACAAAUGCUCUCUGUGUGAGAAGACGUUUACUCAAGCGGUUCUCCUGAGAAUCCAUCUGAGAGUUCACACUGGAGAGAAACCUUACCGAUGCUCCAUCUGUGGAGAGAGAUUCGCUAAUGUAGGACCUUUUAAGACUCAUCAGAAGAAACAUGUUCAAAACGACCUAACCAAUUAAAAAGACUCAAUAAGUUCAAUAAUAACAGCCAAAUGUCCGAAGAGUAGAAUAAAUAAAAGAUGUAUUGAUUAAUUAA